GGUUAAAAGGAUAUUUUAUAAAAUCAUUUUGGGUAAUAACAAAAAAAAACACACCAUGAAUUUUUUAAAAGCAGAAAUCGAAAAUAAGCGUAAAUUCCUUGAAAAUAUACAUUCAGAAGAACAAGAACAAAAGAAAAAGAAAUAUGUUCGCCGAUCAGAUGUAGAGAAGAAAAGAGAACAGCAAUAUUUAGCCGAACAAGCGGAAAUAGAAAAAAAACGUGAGGAAAGAAAAAGACAAAAGAAUAAAACGCUCUUGUUACUUGCAGAACAAGAAAAGGCAGAAAAAUCUGCUUCGGAUAGUGAAGGUCAGAAGGAAGAGUAUGAUGGAAGCGAUACUUUUAAUAUUUCACCGGAGGAAGUAGUUCGUCGUUUAAGAGCGAAAGGUCAGCCAAUUAGACUUUUCGGUGAAUCUGAUAAAGAUCGUAAAACACGGUUACGUGCUCUUGAACUCAUCGAAGAGCGAACAGAGGGUCAACGUAACGAUUUUAUGAGGACUUUAGAAGAAAUGGAUACCAAUUUAGAUUUAGAGGCGUUGAAAAAGCAACAAGACGAAGAAGAAAGUCGAACUUCCAAGAAAAAGAAGACAACUGAAGAUUCUGUUUUGGAUAAUACUCCAAUUAGCAUUGAACUCCUAGAAAAGGAUCCAGACAAACUCUUUGUCCUUAUUUAUACGUUUUUAAGGCGUUUAAUUCGGGAAUGGGAACAAGAAAUGAAUAAUCGUCCGGAUCAUGUUAAGAGAAGCGUACAAGGUAAACUUUCUGCCGCUACACAAAAACAAACAAACGAGUACAUGCAACCUUUCUUCAGAACUCUUAAGAAAAAGUCAAUAGAACCAGAUGUACUAGCACGUGUAACAGAAAUUACACAUUAUAUGCAGAAACGCGAAUAUAUGAACGCGAACGAUGCUUAUUUAAGAUUAUCUAUUGGAAAUGCGCCUUGGCCUAUUGGUAUUACUUUGUAUAGUAUCCACGAACGUUCUGCUCGCGAAAAAAUUUUCUCUGCCCAGGUCGCUCAUGUACUUAACGAUGAGACAACGCGUAAAUGGAUUCAAUCAAUUAAGAGAUUAAUGACAUUUUGUCAGUCAAAAUACCCGCCAGAAGACAAUUCACAACUAAUGGGUUGAAAUCCAUACUUCUUUUUAGACAUUAUAACACAAUCCGUUAUUACGUAGUUUAGUUGACAGAAAUGUAAUACUAAUAAUAUAAAACAGAUCUAUAUAGAAAUAAAAAAUUUAAUUACUUUUUUUUUUAAAAAAAAAAAACCCAGUAAAAUAAUAAUAAUAAAAU